AUGUCGCAACAAAAGCGACCGAGUGAGGACGUAGACCAUGAGGAUGGAAAGCGUCCCAGCCCCCAGCAGCGCACGCCCAGGAUCCGAGCUUGCGCCGAAUGUAAGAGACAUAAGAUCAAAUGCGAUCCGGUAGACGGGGAGACUAAAUGCGCCAAAUGCCUGCGCAGCGGUACGGAAUGUGUGCCGUACAACAUGAACCAGCGCCUUCUAGAUGAAGAUGCCUCUUGGAAAGCAAAUGCAGCUGCCGAGAUCGCACAGCUGCGCUCUGCAGUCCAGGUUCUACUGCGACACAAUGGCCUCCCGGAUCUUGGUGAAAUCAAGGAGCCUCCCGUCACAUCACCGGAACUCCGGAGGCAAUCAGAAAUUACUGUGAAAGUUAGUCCUGGCCACACUGGUAACGAAAACGGUACAGCUAUGGUUGUGCCUCCAAUUGCAAUGGACAUGACAAGAGAGAAUUCUGUGGAGCGCGACUCCAUCGAAGAGGCCGACCUUGUCACAGUGCCCAUGCGCAGCCUCUACGAUUUGACACGUAUUCGCAAUCUUCGCAGCAAUGUGAAACAUGGGUCAGGACAGAAUCCGGAAAUGGAGGACUUCAUUGCCCAAGGAGUUGUGUCAUUAUCGGAAGCCGAGGACCUGUUCAGGCAUUAUUUUCAAGGCCUCCGACUAUACCUAUGGGGUGGGGUACUGUGUCCUUACGACUCUCUGGCUGCUAUUCGCCGGCGGUCUUCUCUGCUCACGGCUGUUGUUCUCACGAUAGCAGCUCUGCACACACCCGGUCGGGACGACGCGUUGGAGAAGUGCUACGGCGUCUUCGUUUCUGGCGCAUACAGCGCCUGCCUCUCGAGAGUCCAAAAUCUAGACGACAUCCGCGCGUUACUGCUUGCAGCCUUCUAUCUUUCAAAUCUCAGCUGGAAGCUCUCAGGUGCUGCAGUUCGGAACGCCACAGAGAUGAAUCUUCAUCAAUCGUUCAACAAGCUUAUGAGAGGCCACGAAGACCACCGAGAUAAGGUCCGUCUUUGGUAUGUGCUAUAUGUCUGCGAGCACCAGCUCAGUAUCGCGUACGGUCGGCCACCUAUCAUCCACGAAGACAUCGCGAUCAAGAACAUCGAGCAGUUUCUGGACAGUCCAGAGACCAAGCCAGGCGACAUCAGACUGAGUGCGCAAGUCACACUCUUCAAAAUUCUCACAGAAGCGUACGUCGCGUACGGUAGCGAUCCAGAGCAGCCCCUCACCGAACCCGACUUCCAGCGACUGCGCAUGUUCAAUUUUGCCAUUGAGCAAUGGCGGCUUGCAUGGCAAGCGAGAUCCGUCGAUAGCCCCACGAUCGGUUCGUACCCAUCAAAGGGCGUUGUCCUCUACUACCACUUUGCACGUUUUCAGCUGAAUUCUCUGGCGCUACGCGGUCUACCACCGCCUAGUGCCGUCACGUCGGAGACACUGUCCUACGACCGACGCGAAGCCGCCAACAUUGCGAUUAACGCAGCAACUAGCACACUGACACUUAUUUUCGAAGAGCAGGACAUCCGAAGGGCAAUGUCUGCAGUGCCCAUCUUUACGCACACCAUGAUCGCAUUCUGCGCCACUUUCCUGCUCAAGAUGGCAAAGACAUGGGGUAGCGCCGCCCAAGUUCGGUCACCAGAAUCAGCAGGCGAGCCUAUUGGUCUCGGCUUGAACUUCAAUACAGUACAAGUCGUAUCACUAGCGAGGCGAUCGGCGACCUUUCUUGCCAAGGUUGCUGAGAACCUGAGUGAGAAACACCUCACCAGACACAUCGUACAUGGCAUCAACCUUCUGCUCAAGCAGCUUGAUAUGAUGGGCACACCUUCAAGCUCAGUCGACCAUACCUUUCCGCCUCCGUACAAUGUACAGCAUGGACAACCAUCCAAUGGGCACUAUGAUCAGAAUCAGCCCAAUGGAGUUGCAGCAGUCGACUUUGGCCAUGGCGACGUGGCAAACGCAUAUAACAUGUAUGAUCUGAUAGGGUCGUAUGGUUUUGGGAUGGACGAAGCAUUCCUGGGGCAAGUGGCCUCCACAGAUCUAGACUUUUGGCAGACAGAGAACUUCUGA